CUGCUGAACACUUACUGUUCGGUUGAGCAAGAUUGGACUCAUUUUGCACAAGAACAUAGCGAUCUGGACACGAAAUACACCAGGAAUAAUCUCUUUUCACUACCGGAUAAUCUUGGCCAGGUGUUGCUACUUACAUGGAAGCCUAAUUCUGGAUCUAAAGUUCAUAAUCAUCCUCAGUCAGAAUGCUGGGUAAAACUACUUGGAGGACAAAUGGAGGAAAAAAUUUAUGAUGCUAGCCAGAAGAAAAUAGGGAUGCGAAGAAUCUUGCGGGAUGAAGUUACCCACAUAAAUGAUUCCAUGGGAAUGCAUUCAAUGCAUAAUAGGUCUUUGAAAAAUUACGCUUUUAGUUUGCAUGUCUAU